UCCCCAAUUUUUGUCACUUGUUGUGUUCAUGAUUCAUCUUCUCCAAGCCCUAAACACCCAAAAUCCGAAUCUCCCCAAGUCACGGCACAGCCAGUCCCCAAUCGUCGGCCACAAGCACACGCGCACGAUGCCGCCGCAGCAUGUGCGGGAGCUUUGGGAGAUGGACGAAAUCGUGGAGGAGAUCAUGUUCCGCCUCCCGCCGGACGAGCCGGGGAACCUCCUCCGCGCCUCCCUCGUCUGCAAGCCAUGGUGCCGCCUCCUCUCCGGCCAGGGUUUCCGUCGCCGCUACAGCGAGUUCCACCAGACACCUCCAAUGCUCGGCUUCCUCUGUAGCGGGCCAACCUUCGCUGAGUUCGUCCCCACCACAGACUUUUGCCCUCGCGAUCCCGAUCCCCUGCACUGUUAUUCUGUGUACGACUGCCGCCACGGCCGCGUCCUCCUCCAGUUCAUGGAUGAUGGUAAGGAAUUCUUAACCGUUUGGAAUCCCAUGACGGGCAGCCAAAGAGUGUUGCGCGUCCCGAAAUAUUCGGGGAUGACCCAUUGGUAUGCCUCGGUGCUCCGUUCUGCGAACGGCUGCAACCACAGCGACUGUCAUUUGGGUCCGUUCCUGGUGGUUUUUGUCAGCCUUCACGAGCAAGAAGGGGUCGCUAAGGCGUCCGUGUACUCGUCGGAGACGAGUAAUUGGAGCUCUCCAGCCUCUAAUCCUCUAUUGACGUUUUCUUUGAGGACGAAGUCAACUUGCUUGAAAUGCCUAGUGUGCUCGCAGGAGACGCUCUCUAUUUCCUCAUUUCGAGUGGAAUACCUAUUAUUCUCGAGUAUGACUUGGGAAAGUCCCGCCUCUCGGAAAUCCAUCUGGUGUCGGGGUCGGAGAUCAUUUGCCCCAUCUCUCCUAUCCUCAUGGUGGCGCAGGACGGCCAGCUGGGGCUCACGGACCUGUACAAUUUCAACCUCUACGUCUGGUGGAGGGAGGUGGGUCCUGAUGAAGUUGCGGUGUGGUCAAAAUCUAGAGUCAUCGACCUCAAGGCUCUUCUUACCAUUGGCGAUCCCGAGGUAGCAACAGACUUGGUUGGCUCCGUCGAGGGCACUGGCAUCAUUUUUGCAAUCAUAGAUCUUGUCAUUUACAUGAUUGAUCUCAAGGCACUAACAUCGAAGGAGCUGUCGACCGAGCUCUAUCAAGAUGGUCUUUUAUGGCCACUCUUUCCAUACUUUAGCUUCUACAGUCCACAAGGUGUUGUGGCUGAAGCAUCAAUUGAAACUGGACAUGGCAAUGAGGAAGCAUAAAUCUCAAGCAAGCCGCUCAUGCAUGGAAGCUAAGGUUGCUGUUUUGGUGUUAGCUUUCAUUCUGGGUUUCGAGUUUGAUGGACGAUGGGAGAGUAGUUUGAGUUUGAUGGAUGAUGGGAGAGAUGUGUUGUGUCUUGUUAAUUAAGAAAUUAUCUCUAUUCUUGGUAACCAUGCUUUAGUUAUUCAAGGCCUGAUUUCAUUUAAGCAGGGGAAGGUUACCUUUUGCCUAUAUAUUGACUGCAAGUUUGUAUGCACAACAACUAUAUAUUUCUCUCUAAAAAUAACUGUAUAUUUA